UAUAACAAUAUAUCAGAUCUGGACAAUGAGCGAAGGUUAUGUUGACCUCACUGCCGUAUAUCAUAGUGAUAACUGCUACCAUAGGUACAGCUCUACUUGUUCUAUGCUUAGUUCCAUGACAAAUACUGUUUGAUUAAAUCCCAAAUAUAACAAUUAUUUCCACAAGUAAGUAAAGACACACAUAAGUAAUACUAUAGGAAAUAUUUGGAUAUUUGGAACUUAACAAAAACAAAGUCACAAAACUAUCAUUCCUUAGAGACAACGGAAACCCUAAAUACAAAGUGGUCACAAAAGGAUGUCUCAGCCUUAUGUGGGUGUUAGUAUUCAUCAUUUCAAACAAACAAAAAUACUAUACAAAAAUUGAUAAAGAAAUAUAUUGUUUAGCCUCUAGCCGCCAUUUUGUAUUUAAAACAUAUUAUUUAAAAAUCAAGUUAAGCUAAUGGAACCAAACUUGGUAAAUACUAAUGAACCAACGAGCAUGACUUACGUAUUCCUUUACGUAUUUUAAUAAAUACGUUACAGGAAAGUGCAAAAUCAUGAUUGUUAUUCCUUAUAUAUUGGAAAUAAGGAAAUAAUGAAAUAUACAAUAACAAUAAAUAAAACAAUACAACUAUAGUUAUUAAAAAUGUACUAGACACCAACUAUUUAUAACUUAUUAUUAACUUAUUUGAAUUAAUUAACAUUCCAACGGUACUUAUAGAAAUGAAAUCCGUUAAUGCCCUUUCACAUAUAUUACACUAUAUUUUAUAGUGUAGGUGUCUCUGACGUUGAAGCGAUGCAAAAAGUUUAUAUUAAACUUCAUUAUUGCCGACAGCUUUUUUUGUGAGGGGGGAUUCCAGGAAAGUAACCUGAGACGGCGACAGAUAUCAGACACUGCAAAAGAAGUUGAAUUGAAGCUAAACUUAAAAUUCACGUUUAAUCAACUCUUCCCACCAUAUCUACGUUGUUGAGAGUAGAAAUCAAGUAAUGCUAUCAUGUACACUCUCUCAAAGGCAACUUGCUUCAUCUUCACUUCACAUGUCGAGCUCACUAUACGCCUAUCUGUAGGCGGGUUUUUGGGCUUCUGACUUUAGACCCAGAACCUCAUUACACUCUUGGCUUUGGUUGAUAUGAACACCAAUUUCAUUUAAAAUAAACUGAAGGGGAUAGUGCCACGAGAAAAUAAGAAUAAGUGUUACUCUAAAAUAGGUUUGGAUAUAUUUGGAAUUAAGUUACGAGGAGGUGAAAAUCCAUUAAAUUCUAUUAUGAUAUUUAUAACAAACCCUAAUAUGGUAAAAUGCAAGACUUAAUUAAAAUAGAAUAUCAGACCAUACACUCAGAAAAUUUGAUAGUUUAAAAGUGUUUUUCAUUAAUCAAGAGUUAAUUUCCAGAUGUGCCAUUUUAUUGUCAAGUACGGUGGUUGACGAAAAGUGCUACAUAUAUUGCUUAAACUACGUUAAAAUAGUAACAUGUUUAUGAUUUAGCAGACCAAAGUCUUAGAUAAAGCUUUCAGAUGAUCCAAUAGGAGGCUUUGAAAGCGUUUACUUCCAGUACAUCUUACCACUCAAAUAAUUUUGUGAGCAUGAAAAAAAAAAUCGUCUGUGAAAGCUAUAUUCCAAAAUUAAAAAAAAACUGUAGAAGGAAACUUGUUCUCUGUGGAUAAUCAGUUUGGAAACAUAGGCUCACUUUGAAACUCACAAAAGUUCUGUGUCUUUAUAGUCACGUAUAUGGUUGGUACUAUUGUGAGAUAAAUUGUGGAAUUUUAAUCUUGCUUUUAUGACUUCUACGAUGAAUUAACGAUAAAACAUAAAGUCAUUUAAAAACCAAUGAAAAUUUGAAAUUUAAAUUACACCUCAAGCUCAACAAAUUUAGCUGAUUGCUGCAAAUUAGAUGCAUAUCUUUCAUUUUGCACGUUGGUUAUCAAAUGCAUUUCGUAGCCUAAGUUAACAAUUAUUGUGUUACUAUUCAAUCAUCAAACUAUUGUUACACAUCUAGUUUUUAGAUUUCUCACUGAAUAUAUUUGAAUAAUAACUUCUAGGGAACAAAAAGGUUUUGCCAGAGCAACGUUUUCAGUUUAUGGAUCAACAUAUGUAUACACCUUAUAUGUAUAUACCUAAAAUUGCUGGUCAAGAACAGCUGCACAAAUCUUGGACCAUACACAAGAAAGACAAGGUGGAGACCAAUUUUAACUAACCAGUCGUGGAAAUCUUGGGGAUGUUAUUAAACAGCCACCGAGCAAUUCGGAUUUUUGAAUAGUUUUGAACAGUUUUUGGAUUUUAAUUUCAACUUCAUCGAUGUGGAAUCGAAUCCCUUGUGAGAAUCAUUAUGACUGUGAACCAGGCAAAGCUUGUAUAGACUUUCAGUGCGAAGAUCCUUGCCUUGGCCUGUGUGGCCUUAACACCAUCUGUCACGUAGUCGGUGAAGUCUCUAUGUGCUCUUGUAAACCGGGUUUUAUUGGCCAACCUUUCAAUGGCUGCUUCCCUGAAGUAUGCACAAUGAACUCGGAUUGUCCAGAGGAGAACAUUUGCAGUGACCACCUGUGUAAGGACGCCUGCAAGGACACUUGUGGACUGAACAGUGUUUGUAAAGCUGUCAAACAUCGUGCAAUCUGUUCCUGCAAUCCAGGAUAUGUCUGGAAACCGUUCUUAGGAUGCCAUGUUGAAAGUAGGAAAAUCGUCAUUCAGAUGAAGUGUACACGAGACUCGGACUGCUCAUUAAACAGCACUUGCAGUAAUGACGAGUGUGUGGAUCCUUGCAUUGGCGUCUGCGGCAACAACACGGUCUGCAACGUUAUGAAUCAUCGUGCCGCUUGCGCUUGCAAGUCAGGAUUCAUUGGCGACCCGUUCCUGGAGUGUGUAGCUCAAAAUACAUCCAUUCCAGAAAAUAUUACAAAGAAGUAUAAAAUUGGAAAUGACGAGGUAACCUGGUAUACCGCUAUACAGCGAUGCAGAUAUGAGGGAAUGCGUCUUGCUUCCAUUAUGAACGAAUCAGAACAGGCCGAAAUGCGGAAGUCAAUUGCAAGAUCCCCAGGAACAUUAGUUUGGACUUCAGGAAAUGACUUGAGCUCAAAAGGGCACUAUGUAUGGGACGGUUCUGGGAAUAGUUUUGACUAUACCAACUGGGGACAAGGAGAACCAGAGAUCUCAGAUAAGUACAGAUGUAUUGCAAUCAAAGGCAACGUCUAUACUUGGUUGACCGCAAAUUGCCAUGCUUUAACACACUAUGCCUGUGAAUAUUUUGAAAAUUAACAGAGACGAAGGUUAAAUAGAGAAUAUAAUUAAACAUAAACUAUGAUAAACACAAAAUUAUAAUAUAAAAAAUGUUUUACAAAGUAAAUUAUUCACGUAUUAUUGCCAAUACUCAGUUUUAUGGUAACUUAAAUUUUUUAUGCUAUUUUAUGCAAUGGUGUUCAGAUAUUAUUGCUAUAAUAAUAAAAUAUAUUUGUUAUUAGCUAAUGAA